AUGAGUUCGACACGUUGUGCAGCUUGCAAGCAAUUAAGAAGAAAAUGCCCUUCGAAUUGUAUAUUUUUACCAUAUUUUCCUCCAAAUAAUCCUCAAAGAUUUUCUUAUGUUCACAAAAUCUAUGGUGCUAGCAAUGUUGGAAAGAUGCUCCAGCAAGUAGAAGAGCAUCAUCGAACAGAUGUAGCAGACACAUUGUACUAUGAGGCAUAUUGCAGAAUUAAGGAUCCAGUUUAUGGUUGUGUUGGAAUUAUUACUGUAUUACAUGAAGAAAUUUACCAUGUACAAUGCCAAUUGGCUAAAGUACAAGCUCAAAUUGACUUACUCUUUCAAAAUGGAGUUUAUACUUUUGAUCCUUAGUUUU